UUCUACUCCGUUCUUCCCCAUCCUUUCGGUGGUUUUCUUGGACCGGUCCUCCGUCGCUUCCUCCUCCGCCGCCGCCCCCGCCGCUGACUGACGCUCUUCUCCUCUUUUCUACGCCUCCACCUUCGGCCGGCCCGCCGCCGCGCUCCUGCCGGAUCUUCCCGCAGCCUGGCGUCGAUGAUGCCGGAGAGCACGCUGGUGCACGACGUAUGCACGUCGGUGGUGGUUUCGGGGAUCAUCCUGGGGCUGCUCCACUUUUGGGGGGAGUUGGCCAAGCUAGGACUUUUCGAGCAGAAAUUGAGUCGAAAGCUUGUGCAUGUAAGCGUUGGGCUGACAUUCAUGCUCUUUUGGCCUUUGUUCAGUUCAGGAAGCCAUGCACCAUUUCUUGCAGCUGUAGUACCAGGGAUCAAUAUUAUUAGGAUGCUGCUCAUGGGACUGGGAAUAUGGAGAAAUGAUGCUAUUGUCAAGUCAAUGAGCAGACAUGGAGACUACAGGGAGCUUCUGAAAGGGCCAUUAUACUAUGCUUGCGCUCUAACUCUGGCUUCAAUAUUUUGGCGAACGUCUCCUAUUGCGAUAGCUGCAAUCUGCAACUUGUGUGCUGGAGAUGGUGUGGCUGACAUAGUAGGAAGGCGAUUUGGGAGCCGAAAGCUUCCUUACAACCCUAACAAGUCCUUUGCUGGUACCUUUGCAAUGUUAUUUGCAGGUUUGAUAGCAUCAGUUGGGUACAUGCAUUACUACCACUUGUUUGGAUUUGUUGAAGAAAGCUGGGAUAUGGCCAUACGCUUCUCUUUUGUGUCUCUAGCUGCGGCAUUUGUAGAGUCGCUUCCCAUCAGUUCCAAGCUGGAUGACAAUUUAACAGUUCCUUUUACUUCAAUAUUGGUUGGUGUCCUUGUUUUUUAGUUGCAUGAGAAGGUUGGAUCUAAUGUUGUACGCUACACAAAAACGUGGCACCUACAUGGGCAUAACUUUGUGGUGAAUGGAGAUUGUUUGAGAAAUUGCAGGUUUACCAGUUCUCUAA